GAGGGAGGGGAGGUGACGCGGCUCAGACGGAGGGGGAUGAAAAGUUAGAAGAGAAUUGGAGGCAGAGUGAGGGAGAAGUGCGGGCAAUGAGCGGCAGGUAGAGGCUGGCACAGGGCAGUGGCACGGACACUCACCGGACACGGACAGACUCCUCCGCGCCCUGCUGCCCACUCUUUCUAGCCUGCAUCUUUUCCUACAGGGGGCUGCCAUGUCCUCCAUCCUGCCCUUCACUCCCCCAAUUGUCAAGAGGCUGCUGGGCUGGAAGAAGGGAGAGCAGAAUGGCCAGGAGGAGAAGUGGUGUGAGAAGGCGGUGAAGAGCCUGGUGAAGAAGCUGAAGAAGACUGGCCAGCUGGAGGAGCUGGAGAAGGCACUGGCCACCCAGAGCAUCAGCACCAAGUGCAUCACCAUCCCCAGAUCUCUGGAUGGUAGGCUGCAAGUGUCCCAUCGAAAAGGACUGCCACACGUCAUAUACUGCCGCCUCUGGAGGUGGCCAGAUCUGCACAGUCACCACGAGCUCCGGGCAAUGGAAAUGUGUGAAUACGCUUUCAACAUGAAGAAGGAUGAAGUGUGUGUCAAUCCAUAUCAUUAUCAAAGAGUGGAGACUCCAGUUCUGCCUCCCGUGUUAGUCCCAAGAAACACCGAGAUUCCUACAGAAUUCCCUCCCCUCGAUGACUAUAGUCAUUCCAUCCCGGAGAAUACCAACUUCCCAGCCGGCAUUGAGCCCAUAAGCAGCUACAUUCCAGAAACUCCACCUCCUGGUUACCUGAGUGAAGAUGGGGAAACUAGCGAUCAGAUGAACCACAGCAUAGACUCAGGGUCACCAAGCCUGUCUCCAAAUUCCAUGUCCCCUGCACACAGUAACAUGGAUCUUCAGCCUGUCACAUAUUGUGAGCCUGCCUUCUGGUGCUCCAUCUCAUACUACGAGCUCAACCAGCGAGUGGGCGAGACGUUCCAUGCAUCCCAACCCUCCAUGACGGUAGACGGAUUUACAGACCCAUCAAACUCUGAGCGCUUCUGUCUGGGCCUGCUCUCCAACGUUAACCGCAAUGCUGCUGUGGAGCUGACCCGGCGACACAUUGGUAGAGGAGUACGUCUGUACUACAUUGGAGGUGAAGUGUUUGCUGAAUGCCUCAGUGACAGUGCAAUAUUUGUACAAUCUCCAAAUUGUAACCAACGCUAUGGCUGGCACCCUGCUACUGUAUGCAAGAUACCUCCAGGAUGCAAUUUGAAGAUCUUUAAUAACCAGGAGUUUGCAGCUUUACUAGCCCAGUCGGUGAACCAAGGAUUCGAGGCUGUGUAUCAGCUCACCAGGAUGUGUACUAUACGGAUGAGCUUUGUCAAGGGCUGGGGAGCUGAGUACAGGCGCCAGACUGUGACUAGCACACCCUGCUGGAUCGAGCUACACCUCAACGGCCCCUUACAGUGGUUGGAUAAGGUUCUUACUCAGAUGGGGUCUCCAAGCAUUCGAUGCUCUAGUGUCUCAUAGAGCAGUAUGUCCAGGUCACAAAACUCAAGGACCUUUAAAGUACCAGUACUACACAGUCCACAUGGAGCAGGAGCUCAACAGCACAAAGGCAAACCAAUGUGGAACUAUUUCUUGUCUUCUCAUUCACCAGGAACCAUUACCCCUUGCAGCUGGUAUGUCACCGGCUUCCCAGUCCUCAGCAUUACAUUGGAAAUAAAACAUUCAGCUGCUUUUCCUGCCAUUGCGGCAGGAAUCCCAACGACGUUCAGUAUAUUGAGAAGACUGCAAUAUGAAACUUUUACACAGACUUGACGUAGUUUAUGAUUGGGAACGUCACUGAAACUCAGUGGAAAGACUAAGUACAGGUUUUGUGAUACAGGGUACAGAUUUUACUACAUCUCUCUCACAGGACCUAUCAAGUAUUAGGUCUUCUCUUCCACCUCCUCCAGUAGGUGUGGUGUGCCUUUAAAGUCUCCCAUGGAUCUCUGCUGCAGGGGUGGCCUUCAUAACUUUGGUCCGUUUUAGUCUUGUUUUAUAGGGUAAGGCGAUUCUGUUCAUUCUGUUGGAACAGAUGUGUAUCCUAAACGUGGGACAGGCUUUCAGACUGGACCAUUGCAUCACACAGCAGCAUUACUGGCAUCGAGCCUCGUAGUCAGGUCCUGAUUUGGAAAGCCGGUCUUAACGUCCCGAGAACUUUCUUAAGAAAAUGACAACUGGAGGAGUACAUUUCUGUCUUAAGUGCUCACCGCCUGAGUGUGAAGCCUGCUGUUCUACACGUACAUCUCACUAAUAAACCCAGCUUGGGAUGGGGUGGCACCAUGAUUGCCACACAGGCCACAACUGGGUGGGAACCAUUCCAGCUCAUCUGGAUAGCACUUUGCUUAACAUGUUUAAUCCCUCGUUCUCUGCCUGGCUGGUAAACGUUUACUUACCUGCACAGUUUGGGAUCUGGUUCAUUCCCUAAUGCUCGUUUUUUGAGUGUAGGCCCCAGUGUUUUUCCAGCUGGAAUCAUGUAUCUCUACAAAAGCAGCAAGCUGCUCAUUCGUGGUGCGCUCUCAGUUCUCUAUAGGUUGGCCCUUUUAGAUCUCAGAUUAACUUUUAACGUUUCUUAUUCUUGGUAUAUCUGAGAUAAAAUUAAGUUCUAGCACCUGGCCUGUAGUAUUAUUUAUGGAGGAUAUUGGUGAAGCACACGCAUCCUCCAUACAACUGCAGGUGUAAAUGUCUUCUAGUACUUUUCUCCAGAACCAGUUAGGAACGACCUGCUCUGGGUUCCUCACACUCCCUCUACUAUGUGUAGUCAAGGUCGGAUGGCAUCCCAUGGAUUUGUAGCAUGUUUGUGGGGAUCUUAUCCCCCAUCUGUUUGUAGCAUGAAAGAACAGGGCCUGCCUACUACCUGCAAAUGACUUGUCUCCUGGAACGUCUCAUUUUAUUUGUAUAAAAUUCUGCCUGUUUUUCUAUUAUUCUGCCUGAUAUUUGGUUACUUUCUGCUUAUGUGUUAAGUACUUCUGAAUUAUAUUGGAGCUGCACCCAUCAUAUAUGUCAUCAGAUUAGAUUUCAGGUUUUGAUUAGCUAGGGCUUAUCGCCUCGACCAAUCAUAACAGCGGAUAAGGGAAAUAAUCAAUAUAUUAGUGGUAUUAUUCAGAACAAGUCCAUUACUUUUAAUCUCUCCCCCCACUUUCAAUGCUUGUGUAAAGUUCUGAUUGUGAAUGUAAAUAAACCCUUUACAUAUA